AUGUCCAUGACUGAUAUGGAUAAUUAUAUCAGUGGGAAACCAGUUUAUAUGACUGUGCUUUGCCUUGUAACAAGGAAUUGUUUUCCCUUGUAUAAUUUAAUAUAUUUUGGCUCUAGAGCAUACCUCAGUUUCCUGCAUUUAUUUGAUAUAUGCUUUGGGGAGGAGCACGAGUGGCACAGGAAGCACGUGUGCUACAAAGUGUUUGUCAGGUUCAACUCCAACCAUGGCUUCCCGGUGGAGGUUGGUUCGGAUGCCAGCAUCCUCCAGCUGAAGGAGGCAGUUGCCCAGCGACAGGGAGUUCCAGCCGACCAGCUGCGGGUGAUUUUUGCAGGGAGGGAGCUCAGCAAUGACUUGACACUGCAGAAGUGUGACUUGGCCCAGCAGAGCAUUGUUCAUAUUGUUCAGAGUCCACAGAAGAACGGUCAGAACAAGGAGGGGACAGAAAAUAACUGUGUUGGAGGUAUUCUAAAAGCCUUGGAAAGAGAACCUGAAAGCCUAACUCGCGUAGAUCUCAGUACCAGCAUCCUUCCAUCACUAUCUGAAGGUUUGGCUGUUAUUCUGGGUCCUGGAAAAAGCAGUGUUUCUCUUCCCUCUGAAAAAUUAGGUGCAGCUAGUUACAACAGUUUUUACGUUUUUUGCAAAAAUUUCUGCCAAGCUGUGAAGCCUGGGAAACUGAGGGUCCGCUGCAAUGUGUGUAAACAAGGAACCCUGACCUUGGAUAGGGGCCCAUCUUGCUGGGAUGAUGUGCUGAUUCCCAACAGAAUAAGAGGUGUUUGCCAGUCCCAAGGGUGCAAUGGAAAUGUAGCGGAGUUUUACUUUAAAUGUGGAGCACACCCAACCACUGACAAUGAAACAUCCGUGGCUUUGAACCUCGUUACAACAAACAGUCGCUGUAUCACAUGUAUAACAUGCACUGAUAUUAGGAGUCCUGUGCUUGUGUUCCAGUGCGUGCAUCGCCAUGUCAUUUGCCUGGACUGUUUCCAUUUGUACUGUGUGACUAUGCUGAAUGACCGUCAGUUCAUCCAUGACCCGGAGCUUGGCUAUUCCCUCCCUUGCGUAGCUGGCUGUCCAGAUUCCUUGAUUAAAGAGCUUCAUCACUUCAGAAUUCUGGGAGAAGAACAGUACAACCGCUACCAGCGCUAUGGGGCUGAGGAAUGUGUGCUGCAGAUGGGAGGAGUGCUGUGUCCAACGCCCAGCUGUGGGGCCGGUUUGCUUCCUGAGCCAGGGUUGAAGAAAAUUGUGUGUGAACCAGGCAAUGGAAUAGGCUGUGGGUUUGUGUUCUGCCGUGAAUGUAAAGAAGAAUACCAUGAAGGGGAAUGCGACUCUCUCCUCAACCCACAGGGAGCCGUGGCCCAGAAGGGGUAUGUAGUUGAUGAACAUGCAGCCAUGCAAGCUCGAUGGGAAGAAGCAUCUAGAGACACAAUCAAGAAGACAACCAAGCCAUGCCCCAACUGCAAUAUUCCAGUAGAAAAAAAUGGUGGCUGCAUGCACAUGAAAUGUCCUCGCCCUCAGUGCAGAUUUGAGUGGUGCUGGAACUGUGGCCUGGAGUGGAACAGAACCUGCAUGGGAGAUCACUGGUUUGACUAGUGGUGCUGAGGACAGCCUGUGCUACUGCUGCUAAAGCUUUCAUUGGGGCCAAAUUCUGAACUCCUUGCUUAAGCAAAAUUCCCAGAGGUUUCAGGGACCCAGGGUUCAGAAGUUGGCCUCGUUUGUUGUUUUUUUUGUUUUCUUGCAUAUGCAAUCAUACCAAAAUCACAUUGAAGUUAUGACAAGGGGUUUAAAUUCACUAAGUAAAGAGAGUUAUUGUUUUAAUGGACAGACUUGCUCAUUGUGGUACAAAGAGGGGUAAAGUGCAACUUUCUGAACUCGUGCAGUCUGUCAGCAUGGAGAGCAGACAGGGUUACCAUGAGGAACUUUACUUGACAUUUAUAGUCAGGAAUCCACAACUCUUGUGAGAGUGAGGAGCCUGCACAGUGUGUAUGUGAGUGUGUGAGCAUCAAGAAGAGUAGAGGAUCUGCUUUUUUCUUUGACCACUUCUUUGCUCAUUCAGCACAAAUUUUGAUUUUGAGGCAGUACUUCUUAACAGCUUUUUUGGCAAAGGGAAGACUGUGGCUCUUAAGUGUUUUCUCAGGGUUUCUUCCUAACAGGCUUUCUGUAGGGACUGGUUUUGCUUUCAAAUCAAAUUCCCAUAGAAACAUCCAGCUUUAUGCCGUACUUGGGCUUGUGUAUUUGUGACAUACAACAUGAAACCUGCCUACCUACUCAUUAUAGACUUUGUUACAAUGGGAAGAUUAGCUAAGAGUGCAGUUUCAGCUCUGUCUGUGACUGUUGCUAUAGUGGUGACUGAAUCCAAUUAAGUGUUGUGCAAGCUAAACUCACAGGGCUUCAUUUUUCCUGUACUUACGGAAUACUUUGGACAUGGCAAAGUGAGAAAGGAGAACACUUCUCAGGGCUUUUCUCUAUCAGCUUUCUCCUAAAUUGUAUUAGAAUAUGGGUAUAAUUCUGAAAAUGCAUUUGCUGCUCUAACAGUGUGGGCACAGGGACACCUUCAUUUUACAACAUUAACAGAGUAAGUGAAGUUUAGUAGUAUUUCCAAGCCUGAACAAUUUUACUGUUUGUGAUCUUUACGCUGCUGUCUUAUUCUGAAAUGAAAUUGGUAAUGUCCACAUCCAACAUGCCAUGUAAGGAUUUGCACAAUUUAGUUUUGGAAAAAAAACGCACAAUAAAUAAAGUGGUCAAAAAUUUAAACUUUUAUUUCUUUUUUUUAUUUGAAUACAAAGUAAGGGAGUACAGAGAUGUUGGGUGGGUCAUGCAUUGCCUUGACUUAUUAAAACUCCCAGCUGAGAGGCUAGCCCUUUGAUUAAAACAUAAUGUUAGAACAAAAUAAAUGCCACAGCCAUGGUCUUCUUUUAUCAAGUUUGAACUAAUAUUUUGUAUGGCAUGACUGUAGAGUCCUGAAAAUAUGGGUGUGCCUCAUAUCAGUACAGAGAAGGAACCUUGAGGUAUUAAAAAAAUCCCAUGCUCACUACAAAAAUAUCCAAUUGGUAAAAGCAGUGGAGUAUUCAUCUGUCUAAACUGGAAGAGACAUUAAAAGUCUGAGGAAACAAGGGAAUGAAGGCAUGAGGUAUCAAAAAUGAGAGAGCAAGCUGGUAGAAUUAAGAAAAUGAGAAAGAAAGAAAGUGACAACAAGAAGACGAUGGACAUUUCCUAAAGAUAAUUUUCCAGUGAAAGUUUCCUGUGGCACUGGUGAACUAAAAUGUAUGCAGAAGUAGCUACAUUGAAGUGUAGAGAUGCAAUUGAAUGCUGCAAUGUAGCUCAUUUAAGUACAUUAUCUUAAUGGGGAUAUUUUACUGUGAGCUCUGAAUAUCUUAUUGUUUGAUUUCCUGUACCUGGGUCUAUUUUAUAAUUUACAUGGCUUGUUGCCAACAGGCUAGGGAAAAAGUCACAAGGCUUUGAUCAUGUGUUAUAUGGGAAUUCAUCGCUAUAUUUCAUGUUCAAAAACGUUCGGAAUAAAAGAAGUCUGAAUCUCUU